GCAGGUUGCGCUUCGGGGAUCGGGGGAACCCCGAGUGCCAAGAUGGCGGCCUCCUCAGCUGCGCGGGUCGUUCAGGGCGGACUCUCUCGGAACCUCAAGGAGCUCCGGAUCCACCUCUGCCAGCGCUCGCCGGCCAGCCAAGGGGUCAGAGAUUUCAUUAAACAACAUUAUGUGACUUUAAAGAAAGCAAAUCCAGAUUUCCCUAUCCUGAUCAGAGAGUGCUCAGAUGUGCAACCCAAGCUCUGGGCUAGAUAUGCGUUUGGCAGAGAGAAGAGUGUACCACUGAAUAACCUAAACGUGGACCAAGUUGCCAAAGCCUUGGAGAAUGUUGUUAACAGCAAAGCAUAAGGAAAACAAAUGGCAACUGAAUUUGAGUCUAAUUCCGGAUGUAGAUCACUUCUAUGUGUAACUUGCAUAUAAAAGAAUCCAACUUAGAAAAUAAAGCUGAAGUAUCUUGUUUAAGCCAA